UAGCUUCUGAGCACUGGCCAUCUGCCAGAAAGGGGCAUCAACAAGUGCCUCGAAUCCAAUCGUUGUUUGUUGUAAUUGUUGUUAUUUGUUGUUGCCGUGUUUUGCUCCUCCGAAAUCCGACGUACCCAACUUCUUCGCCUCGUCGUUACCUUCGUAUAGAACCAUUAUUCUUCAGUCAAUUGCUGUGAAGGGGCGGCGGAUACGCGAGAGCAGUUUUGGGGCUCUCCUCCUGGUUGCUUGCUUGCUUCUACACGAGGUGCUGCUGCUGUUGCUGAAUUUUACAUACAAUCACCAUGUUUGGCAGGUUGUUUGGCAAGCCCAAGGAGGAGGUCUCCACUCUUUCCACACUGGACAAGCUCAAUGAGACCCUGGAGAUGCUAGAGAAAAAGGAGAAAGUCUUGCAGAAAAAGAUAGCUAUGGAGAUUGAGAAAGCUAAGGAAUUCACGAGAUUGAAGAAUAAGAGAGCUGCGAUUCAGUGUCUAAAACGGAAGAAGUUGUAUGAAGUCCAAGUAGAGCAACUCGGUAACUUCCAAUUGCGUAUUCACGAUCAGAUGAUUAUGUUAGAGGGUGCUAAAGCAACUACAGAAACUGUGGACGCCCUACGUAGUGGUGCCGCAGCUAUGAAGGCGAUCCAGAAAGCCACAAAUAUUGAUGAUGUAGACAAGACCAUGGAUGAGAUUAAUGAGCAGACCGAGAACAUGAAGCAGAUUCAAGAGGCACUCUCAGCUCCUAUUGGAGCAGCGGCUGAUAUUGACGAGGACGAGUUGGAAGCCGAGCUUGAGGACCUUGAAGGAGCCGAGUUAGAAGAACAAUUAAUUAAUCCAUCUGCCCAGGAGCUCCCACAAGCAUACCGGCCUAAUCCAGUUCCUGCUCAGAAACCCAAACCAACUCAGGUUAAGGAAGAGGAAGACGAACUUGCAGCUCUUCAAGCUGAAAUGGCUCUUUAGAGACUUGACGCCUCCAAUUGCUGCUUGAAUCUGAAUUUUUAUGAUCACAUCAGGUCAGGCUUCUAUCCGCUUUCGCUUCAGGUUUGUCCCAACUUGAUACCCAAGGGCAUUGUCGCUACAACGAAUAUACCGAUAACUGAAAAUCACAAUGAGAACCGACUCGUUUUCCAGAAUUCUGGAUGCUGGGCCGGGUGGUACUUGACACCGAUGAUGGAUUUUAGCCUCAGCACUUCUUCAGUCGUUUGGAAUGGUGAAAUAACUCUUAGAAAUUAACUCAAAUCUCGGCAUGCCCUGUAGAGAAAUAGUUUAACUAUCAAGAAUUUGGCAUGGAUUUCUCUUCUCCUUUGCGCCUCAUGAGAUCAGCAAUUGGGUCGCUACUGAUUGCUUGUCCUCCUGUUGCUGCUUGUGUAUUACUGUAACUCCUACCUUCUUCAUAUUAUUUUUUAAAGCUACCUUGACAUAUACCAUGCGCACAGGUUACAGCAAUUUACUACAGGAUCUAGUGAAACGUUAGCAUUACUACCAAAGUGAUCCUGCUGAUUGUACUCCAAUGUGAGGAUUGUAUUACCAAAACAUUAGUUUUUAAAACCAUGACGAUGACGCUUGUAUUUUCGUUUGUUUUUUUAGCA